UCCUGCCGUCGCCGUCAUGGCCCAGCGCGACCCCAGGUAGGGCGGCUCGGGCCUCCCCGCCGCCCCGCCGAGCGCAGGACACCUGUGAUCUCUUGCAUGCGGAAAGAACGCUAGCCAAAAGCGAGAAGAUGGGUGUAAAAACAUUUACUCAUAAUUCCCCUGCCCAUAGCCAGGAGAUGCUGGGAAAGCUCAACAUGCUUCGCAACGACGGCCACUUCUGCGACAUCACCAUCCGUGUCCAGGACAAGAUCUUCCGGGCACACAAGGUGGUUUUGGCCGCUUGCAGUGACUUCUUCCGCUCCAAACUCGUCGGUCAAGCUGAAGACGAGGGUAAGAGCGUGUUAGACUUGCACCACGUCACGGUGACUGGCUUUAUACCCCUCCUGGAAUACGCCUACACAGCAACACUAUCCAUUAACACCGAAAACAUCAUCGACGUGUUGGCUGCGGCCAGCUACAUGCAGAUGUUCAGCGUGGCCAGCACGUGCUCCGAGUUCAUGAAGUCGAGCAUUUUGUGGAAUACGCCCAACAGCCAGCAGGAAAAAGUGCUGGACGCUGGGCAGGAAGGCGGCGCCAACUGCAAUUUCACGUCCCGCGACGGCAGCCUGUCCCCCGUGUCCUCGGAGUGCAGCGUCGUGGAAAGAACCAUCCCCGUGUGCCGCGAGUCGCGGAGGAAGCGCAAGAGCUACAUCGUGAUGUCCCCCGAGAGCCCGCUCAAGUGCAACACGCAAACCAGCUCCCCCCAGGUGCUCAACCCUUCCACUUCCUACCCCGAGUCCAGGAGCCAGCCUGUAGACUCCUCCUUAGCUUUCCCCUGGACUUUUCCCUUUGGAAUUGACCGACGGCUUCAGUCCGAGAAGGUGAAGCAGGUGGAGAACUCGAGGACUUUGGAAGUGCCCGGCCCCUCGGAGGCGACCCGGCGCCUUUCCGAUUACGUGGCCUGCGAGAGCACCAAAGGCAGCUCGCCCCUCGUCAUCGAGGAGGACGUGCGCGUCAAAGUGGAGCGGCUGAGCGACGAGGAGGUGCACGAGGAGGUCUCGCAGCCCGUCAGCGCGUCCCAGAGCUCGCUGAGUGACCAACAGACGGUCCCUGGCAGCGAGCAGGUUCAGGAAGAUCUGCUCAUCAGCCCCCAGUCUUCCUCUAUCGGCUCAAUAGAUGAGGGUGUCACGGAGGGAUUGCCCACACUCCAGAGCACCUCUGGCGCCAACGCUCACGCAGAUGACGAUGAUCGUUUGGAGAACGUUCAGUACCCCUAUCAACUCUACAUUGCUCCUUCCACCAGCAGCACGGAGAGACCCAGCCCCAACGGCCCUGACAGACCCUUUCAGUGCCCGACGUGCGGGGUCCGCUUCACUCGCAUUCAGAACCUAAAGCAACACAUGCUUAUCCACUCAGGCAUUAAACCAUUUCAGUGCGACCGCUGUGGGAAAAAGUUCACCCGCGCUUACUCGCUCAAGAUGCAUCGCCUGAAGCACGAAGGUAAACGCUGUUUCCGGUGCCAGAUAUGUAGUGCCACUUUCACUUCCUUCGGGGAAUAUAAACACCACAUGCGGGUUUCCCGGCACAUUAUCCGCAAGCCUCGGAUUUACGAGUGCAAAACAUGCGGCGCCAUGUUUACCAACUCUGGGAAUUUAAUCGUUCACCUGCGGAGCUUGAACCAUGAAGCGUCAGAGCUAGCAAACUACUUCCAGAGCAGUGACUUCCUAGUACCGGACUACUUAAACCAGGAACAAGAGGAGACCCUCGGGCAGUAUGAGCUAGGGGAGCAUGGCUUUGAAAGCAACUCUUCUGUGCAAAUGCCUGUCAUUUCCCAGGUCUCGUCGACUCAGAAUUGUGAAAGCACUUUCCCCUUGGGGUCUCUGGGUGGGUUGGCAGAGAAGGAAGAAGAUGGGCCUGAGCAGCCAAAGACUAACGCCACUGCCGAGGCAUCCGCGGGUGACCCUCCGAAAGCGGAGCUGUCAUCUAUCACUAUCGAAUAAGUCACGGUUUGUUUGCGGUUUUGUUCUUUGGAAAGUGCCUGUGUUUGGUCCUGUACAUUUUAAUUUAAUUUUUUUAAAAACAAAAGUGGGGAGAUUUUCCCUUUUUACUUUGUAAGCUACGCCUGAAACGGAAAACUGCAGCAGAUGUUGAGUUAUUUUUCAUGACUGAACGGUUGCUUCUGUGAAACUCUUUAAGACUGGUUGCACAAAAAAAGGUCUUGUCAGAACGUCAUGGAAGCUAUGAUACACUUCUAAAGAAGAACCAGUUGAUCCAGAUCACUUUCUUUCUUCUUCCACAGUUAGAAGAGCUCCUUAGGUAUCUCUUGGUUCUGCCAACCCCUUGCCUAAGGGAAAGAAAUGAGAGGAAACCUUUCUAAAAUGACAAACAAAAGGAUGCAUUGGAAACCGUUUAUUGAACAGUUUUGCCUAGUUUCGAGUGGAUUGCUUUAAUCUUCUGCUUAUCAAAUGACACUUCCUAUCUCUGUGCCUGCUGGUUUUCAAAGUGCUUCCUGCAAGCCUUGGCUUAGGGACAGGUAAGCAGCUUUGAAACGAAAGUCACACACUUUUUGAACACACGUUGUCCCUUGUCAUCUCAGAUGAAUCAGUUUUGACAAACCGAGCGAUGUCAGGCCAGCUCUUCCUACUUCUUCUCUUCCUUUUAGAAACUGCUUGAUGGAAUAACCUGUCCGGAUUUGCCUACUGUGGUCAAAAAAAGAAGGCUAAUGGUGCAUUAAGAGCUGAUAGGAACGUAUAGACACUUAGCAUAGCCAUGCAAGCCUGACAAACCUCUCACAACUGGAUCUUUCUGUAAAAGGGGAACCACAUCUGAAAACUGAAGCUUUUCUCAAACUGAAAUUCUUAAACCUUGGCCAGAUUGUUGGCAGCCCCGGUCACUUCCCCCUAUCAUGGAUAGUGUUAUUUUUGCUAAUCCCUAAAAGUGAGCUAGAGGGAGCUUACAAAUGGGGGAAAAUGAGCUCUUUUGUGUAUUAUUGCACACUUUUUUGUUUAUACACCCGCAUGUAGAGUUUCUGAGGUUUUUAUUAGUCUGUUUUGGACAAAACACGCAAUUUCUUCUCUUUAGAGGCCAACUUUCUAACCCACCGGGGGUUGUUUACAAAAAGCUUAUAUAGCAAUGAUAAACUGUUCCCGUCUCCAAACAUUUUAAAUCCUUGCCAACUUUGUUUAUUAAAAGCCAUCCCUCUGGCUACAUGCACCUCUCCAGUAAGCAAUAAAUUGCAAGGUUUGCAAUUUCAUUUUCCCAUAUUUAGAAAAGGCUGCGGAUUUCGGCUGCGGGAUUUUCGGAGCAGCCAUUCCUGUGUUGUCGAGGCCCUUUGGGCCACUUUGCAAACUAAAUCAGGAAUUACACGAGGAAGUUGGGGGGGUUUAUUGCUGCUCAAGUUCACUCAGUGGUUGAUGCCAAGUGGCUCUCGCCUACACUCGCCCCACUGAGAGAGUAGAUAUGACUUGAUCUUAAUAUUGCAAAGGCACGAUAAUACUCCUGUCGUUUUGAGUCUGCUUUGUAAAUUGUCCUUUUUCUACCCAGAUUUGCUUUACACAGGCGUGAGGAGGAAGUGAAACCGGUAGAGAAGGAAUCACACAGAAGCAGCAGAAGACACAAAAGUCGGAUUUUAUUGCGAGAUCACUUCGUAUUCGGAGAGCUGAAGCAGCUCUGAUGAUCUCAGGCAUUUCUACCAAUAGCAGACUUGUGUAAGGAAGAAAGCUGAUUGCUCUGUGCAAAGAGCUUAAAGGGUUUCAGUGGCUUUUAAGUAUUUUAACAGUUUUUCUCCGCUGUGUUUUAGAUAAAAAAAAAAAAAACCCACAUUUUAGUUAAAUAGAAUGAGAACAGUCAGCAUUUCAGUCCCUUGCACAUGACCAGAGUGAAGUUUCUCUGCCAGAUCUGGAGGGUGUUUUAGAAACACACUGUAAAGGAAGAAAUUCUCAGCUGCCAUUCAGUCUUAUAUGUUUGCGUUUGUAAGUCUGAAACGACUUGGAGGAGAAAUCCAUUUUUUGGGAUGAUAUACUGGACACUAAUGUCCAAUUUUUCUUCGUGGGCAGAAUUUACAGACCAUUUUUCUCCCACUUCUGCUUGCUAUAAGUGAGAAGCCAGCGAGACAAGCAAAUGCCUUUUGCUGUGUUUUAUCCUGAAUUGCAGAUCUUAAGACGCUGAACUCAAAAAUCCAAUUUUCAUUUUCAGUCUAAGUGCUACACAUAUUCCCAAGUAUAUUAGAAUCCUUUCUGAGUCUUGCAGCAGAAGGUACUUACACAAAAGACAGUCCCAGAACAUAUAGAAUUAAUAUGCAAAGAUCAGGUAGAGACAGACAUCAUCUUUUGGUAGAAUCUGGUCCUCUUUUUCCCAUUACAUAUUUUACUAAACAAUCUACUUGUCAUGAGAUAUGCAAAUUCAGAACAGACAUUUCUGCCUAUUGGGGUUUUUAGAAGAUUUUUACAAUUUGUGGCAGAAGGCAGGCUGCUUUCUGCAUCCCAAAGAGCAAUUAAAAAACUAGUUACAGGGACCUUGUAGCUCUAAUCUGUUCUUCCUAGAAAAGAAAUGAUUAGCAUCAGCCAUUAACACCUUGGUACCAGGCGAGUCAGGAGUUUCCUUGUUCUUUGCAAUGUCUUUUCAGCCCUUUAAUCUCCGUGUAACAUCCCAGUUUUUCUCACUUUUCAAUCUGGUUCAUCUGCAGGAACAAUACAGUUCUUUCAGUUUUGGUUUUUUUUAGAAAUAGACCUUUUUUUUUGCAGUUCACCUAUGUGCAAUGUUUUUUUCCGUGUCUAGUUAAUGCAUAUUUUUCCCCAUAGAACUAAAUGCAAACUAAAGUAUUAUUUGGUUUCUCCCCCCUCACUUUUUGGAAGUGCUCUAGAGUGCUCCCCUUCUUCACAGGAGAGAUGGAAAACAUUAGAACAUCUUAAAACCAGUUCAGUUGCUAGUGUUUGGAGUCCUAAUUGAGUGAGGUAGAUAUCUAACUAAGCUAAAAGAAACUUGCCUUAAACUGCAUUUGGGAUUAAACCUAGAUAGAUUAAACCUAGCAUAGAUCAUUAGAGGAUUUUGAUCUCUGCAGUGCAUUUCCCCCAAAAAAACAUUUUUUUUAAAUAUGUUUCUAUAUUUCUGCUUGACAAGGACCAUAGGGCCACGGAAUCAUUGAGUGGUUGAGGUCAGAAGAGACCUCUGGAGAUCAACUCAAUCCAGACCUGCAUGCUCAGCUAGAGCAGGUUGCCCAGGACCUUGUCCAGUUGGAUUUGGGCCAUUCCUAAAGAUGGAGACUUCCCGGGACAACCUGUUCCAGGAUCUGACAGCUCUUAUAAAUUCUCUUUCUUAGGCUUAAAUGUAAUUUGUGCACAUUGAGGAGAUCCUGUCCAGGCUGAGCAAUCCCAGCCCUCAGCUUCUCUCCAUAUACCAACCACUCCAAUCCCUAAAUCACGCAUGUAGCUCUUCCAGUCAGUUGGAAUUGCUUCCAAAUAACCAUGAGGAGGACCCUUGGCAGCAGUUUCUCCAAGGAGGAGCAGUCUCUAGUUCAUUCACAGGGUGAUUUGAGGGUGUUUCCCUUCUGCGUGGCCUCCUCCCAUGUGGCUCUGUCCCUUGCCUUGGGAAAAAUCCUAUCAUGUUGGAAAAGGGGGGAAAAUUAAAAAACCUCCCAAUUCCCCACAAAGAGUGGAAAGCGCCUACGGAUUUGGCCAAGGCUUGGAUUGGCUUCAGGCUGUAAUUCCAGGCUGGGCUUAGCCCAGCUCCCCUUAAAAUCCAUCGGGCUCAGAGCCAGCAAAUCCCGCUCGCCGGGAGAAUUCCGGCUCCCGUAUUCCCGACGGUCUCGCUGUCCCGCUACAGUUGGAGUUCAGUUGUCAGGCUCGCAGGUACCCAUGGCCAAUCUCUCACAGUGAGAGAUGAGUAGACGAGGUUUUGGAAAACGGUUCUGGGUUCACGUGUUUCUCGAGUCCAAAAGGUGUGAGUUUAACCUUUUUUUUAAAAAAAGUAAUAGCUGCCGAGGCAGUGAAAUAUAUUUUAUAAAAGGAUGAUCCCUAUAUGUCCCUGGCGGGAUGGAAUUUUCUUGUUUUUAAGCUAUGGUUUCACGUUUUUAUACGAGGGCUUCAGGCGCUCCUAGGUUGCUGGCUUUCCCCUCCAGCCCUAGGGCCUACAGAGCUUUGAGACUCGUGCGGUCUCCCUCUCAGACCAACCAUGAAGUGGUUUAUAUGCAAAAUAAGACGGGAGCUUCAUGCACCCUGCAGGGAUGGAGGAAAUGCAGACAUAGGAGCACCCGUUGUUCCCAGAUCCGCCGCGACUUCCACGUGGCAGGAAUACGGAAAAUUGCUAAUUUUCAUCCCGAUCGAUUGCGUUCGAGUUCUGCUCACAAGGUGGAACCCGGUUUUGGAGGGUUCCCACCUCCGAUUUGGGACAUAAUUCCAUGGCAGAUCAGAGGGUUCCAGGCGAGGCUGCUCCUCAGCCACAUCAGAGCUCCCCAGCACCCAGAGUUGCUCCAGAGCAUCAAAGAAAUGUGAAUUUUUUCUCCUAAUGCAACGGUCCUUCUCGCUCGGGGCGGGUUGUAUCGCGAUAAUCCAGCGUCCCACGGGUCUCACCUGCAAAUCUGCACUACCCAAAGAGCUGCAUGGGGUGCUGGUGCCGCCGGCCCGCGGGGCAGCUGCACCCACAGUCUUCCUGAGGGCUCCUGGAGCGCCCGGAGGGGAGAUUGGAUUUUCCCCCUCCCUUCAGCUGAUGCAUCUUGCGAUAUUCUGACUAUACACCGAGUUACAAACAGCUUCCCUGCCCUGUUCCUGCAGCGCCUCCCCUCUAGGCACUGCCCUACAGCGAACCCCAGCGAGGGGCAGAGGGAAGCUGGAGCAAAAAUGUGAAUUAAAUUAUUGUUGGGCUUCUUUGUGCAUUUUAGUAACAGUGAAACCCCCUUAACUGUGCCAGUCUCCGGUCACCAGCCGUAUAUCCAGUCGUCAUCUCAUCCACAGUUCAGCUUCUCUUGUUGAUGCUGGCCCCAGCUAGAUUACUUGGCAUGUUUAUUGACUUAACCUAUUUG